CUUCGGAUCCUACCCGAACCCUCGGCUUCUUAGCGCUUGGCUACGUGGGUGGGAGGUGCCCGCGUGCAACAUUCGCUCACCGGAUCACCAGGAAUAACAACAUCCUACAAACCCGACAUUUCCGAUCUUCUUAUGCCAACGACAGUACCAGAAAUACAGCCUUCUUUUGAGCACAAAUAUGUCUCUGUUACAACCUGUUUAAAAACCACGAAUGAUCAUACACCGCUUCGCCACUUCCACUCAUAGAUAGAGCGAUCAAGUCAACAUCCCACCUCGCUCCAAAAUGCUCCUCCUUCACCAAACCGGCAGCGUCAAAAUCGGCGAAGUUGUACGGUACACAGUAACCUAUACGCCAGCCCACGACCGAAUCCUGCCUUCUCCUCAAUAUCUACACCUCAAGAUAAAGAAUACUUCUGCCAUCGCACUGCGUGCCGCCUUCGUUCAUGGGCCAUACACACUCUACACCGCCGCGUACCCGGCGACUUUCCAUCCAAAUGCGAAAUUCGAAAACCCAAGGACAUAUGGCGUACCAGAGUUCGAACCGAACUUGAAGGCAGGGGGAAACUUUUCGUGCAAACUGACUGUGCCAGAGAGCGUCCGAGAAAGCGCUGGCAAAGGAAGGAGUCCUGUGAGAGGUGGUGAUGGGGAAGGGAGACAUGGCGAGGAUAGGGAGGAAGAGAAAAGCGUGAGCUGGAUCAUCGAGGUGUCUAGCCAGGUCAUUUUCUCGAAUUCCGCAGCAGUUCACUACGAGAUAUUGCUUGGGCGUGAUGAGAAGAGUCUAUCUCUUGGCUUUGCGAGCUCGUUGACGGCGAGUGGGAAUGGAGCACAAAGUCAACCGGGCCAGGUGAGUGAUCACCAGCAUGGACCAGGGGGUGGAAGGGGUGUAAGGGACGGGCACGGACAUGGGCAUCAUGGUGGAUUGGCCAAGGGUGUGUUCAGUAAGUCUAUAAGAGUGAAGGUGGACGAUACGGCAAGUCUGUGGAAUACUCCAAGGAUGCCAGAGUGGAACAAUGUAGAAGAUGAUGUUGCGGGAAAUGAAAGUGGUGCAGGCAAGGAGGGGACGACUAAACCUGUGCUCGAAGGAAAGGAUCCGCAAGAGGAGCAGGGACACAGCACGAAAAGACAGAAGAAAGUACAUCUGGUGGUUUUGACACAUGGCUUGCAUAGCAAUUUAGGUGCAGAUAUGUUGUUUUUGAAAGAGAGCAUUGAUGAGGCAGCGAGGAAGGCCAAGAUUGACGCUAGAAUACGGAAGGCAAAGAAGAGGAAAGAGAGCAAAGCUGCUGAAAACGUGGCUUCAGCAGGAGAACACGCAGACGAUCCAAAGGGAGCAGAAGAUAGCGAAGAUGAAGAAGAAGUCAUUGUGCGAGGCUUCUCCGGGAACUCUGUUCGAACAGAAAGGGGCAUCAAGUAUCUAGGUAAGAGACUGGCCAAAUACGUCUUGCAGAUGACAUACCCGGACCAGCCGUAUAAGCCGGUAACGAAGAAAUCGACUGUUGAAGCUUUAUCACAUGCCAUCAAGCCAGAACAGCCGGCUGCCAAAGCGUCGAGCAAGGCACCCGGACAGCCGACACACGAACAUAGCUCUAUUAUCAAGGCACCUUUCGCGGGGAAGAAACUGGCGUAUAAAAUCACCAGUAUCAGCUUUAUUGGCCAUUCCUUGGGCGGUCUAAUCCAGACCUAUGCAGUUGCGUAUAUCCAGAAGCAUUCUCCAGAAUUUUUCGACAAGAUUGAGCCUAUCAAUUUCAUUUCUCUAGCUUCACCCUUUCUGGGAUUGAGCAAUGAGAAUCCAAUGUAUGUCAAGUUCGCAUUGGAUUUUGGUCUCGUGGGCAGAACUGGGCAAGAUCUGGGUCUGACGUGGCGAGCACCCACCAUUGCCAGGAGUGGAUGGGGUGCGAUUGUUGGUGGAAUUGGAGAGAGUGCACACAAAAAGAUUGAUGGAGAGACAGCACCCGAGUCCAAACCGCUUCUGAGGAUUUUGCCAACUGGACCCGCUCAUGUCGUGCUGAAGAAGUUCAGGAAUAGGACUAUUUACUCCAAUGUUGUCAAUGAUGGAGUUGUUCCUUUGAGAACGAGUUGUCUGCUAUUCCUAGACUGGCAAGGUUUGGGUCGUGUUGAGAAAGCAAGGAGAGAGAAUGGCCUGGUUGGAACUAUGGCAAGCUGGGGAUGGGCUGAGCUCACUGGUGCGAAUUCCAGCUCUCCAUCUGGAAGGACGUUCUCAGAGAGCUACGCCAGCGAGUCGGAAGAAACUGGGACCAACACUCCUACAAAACAAGGGCAUGGAGGAGACGUCCCUCAACCAUCGCCAUACGCUACUGUUGAUGAUGAUGCCAGAAGUUUGAAGAGUCUUGACCGUCCUCUCUCUGCUGGUGCUCGCCAUCCUCCAUCAACAGCUGAGCCAACCAAUAAUGCUGGACCACUUGCAAGCAUCAUGAAAUUUUUCCAGCCUGCUGCUUCUUCCGCGCCAAAACCUCACAAUGAUCACCCCAAACAUACAAAGAUCUACAAGAGGAGUCAAACUCUCCGAAUAGGAAGUGAAUCAUCCUCUAAUCCAUCCAUCUCAACGCAAGAACCCUCGCCCAAAAAAGCGCAUGGUAAAGCCACAACGGGCGAGGAUAGCGAAGAUCCAGAUCGACUCUCCGCCCCUCCCAAAACAACGUUUUUCGAAUCCGCUGGCGAUAUCAUCAAGCCUCCUCUCCCACCUACAGAUUUCCUCAUCGACCCUUCUUCCCGCCCCCGAACAAUCUUCCACGACCGAGUCUAUCACCCCUCCGAUAUUCCUCCACCUCCCCUUAAGAAACGCCCAACAAGCUCCCUCAUGCUCCGUCGUCGCUCGUCCAUUCAAACGUCAACGCAAUCAUCACAGUCAUCUGAUCCCUUUACCCCAACCAUCAACCACACCGACUCCACACUCUCAACCCACGAUUACGACGACACACGACACACCAAUCCGGACAAAGACCCUCGCGAAGUCAUUGACGGCUCUGCCAUGAAAGUCGAGGAGAAAAUCGCCCGAGCAUACCACCGCGACUUAUCCUGGCGAAAAGUCCUUGUGCGUCUCGAGCCCGACGCUCACAAUAACAUCAUCGUCCGCCGCAUGUUCGCGAACGCAUUCGGAUGGGAAGUGAUCCAUCAUGUGUGUGAUACGCAUUUUUCUGAUUCCGACGUUGCGCACACGAGGGAUGAAGUUGCUAGUAAUGCUGAGCGCGCAAAAGGCGUAAACGAAGGACCUGCAAAGGAUGGCGGGGAGACAAACGAUCCCGACACAAAAAGUGACAACAAGAACGAGAAUGCCACCCACCAUGAUGGCAAUCGGGACAAGGAUGAGAUAACACCACCCAAACCCCUCACCGAAUCCGACCGCACCGACUCCGAACGCAGAGAAGCAACAGACAAUCUACCACCGCUCAUCACAUCCCUCUCCAACUUCCCUCGCUCCGGCACUGGACUCGCAACAAGCACGAAUACCGCACCGGGGACAAGCACAGGACCAAACAGUCUCGCUAAAGCGCUCUCUGGAUCUUCGCUUACGGUUCCAUUACCCUCUCCUGGCGGGAAUGGACCCGGGAGUAGGAAAUCGUCUACUAGUGGUACUGGUGCAGGAUAUACAUAUGAGAGCGACACUGCAUGGAGCGAGCGCGAUUGGGCGGAUAGUGAAUUCGAUAGUGAUGAUGGGGAGGGUGGCACUUCUUCUGAGAAGAAACCCUUCUCGACCGGCGGUGGUGGUAGUGGUACUGGCGGAGGAGAAGGCUGGAACUGGACAGAGGCCAUUGCUGGGAGAGGAGCGACGGCAGCGGCGACGAGUCCGAAGGGGACGGAUAGGGCUGAGAUUGAGAGGUUUUUGGCGAAGGGAAAGGAAGAUGGUAAGGGGAAAGAGGGUGGUGAUGGGGUUGGGGAUGUGGCGAGUCCUAGAUCGUAG